ACCGCUACUUCAAGUAGCGGUUUUCUAGCAGGUAUAAUUUCCUGAUUUCACUUUCCUCUUUCAUUUUCGUCUUCUCACCAAAAUCCCAUCUACGCCUUCCACCAAAAUCACACCUCCUUCAACGGAAGCCGGCGCAGCCAAGGAAUCCACCGACGCCGCCGGAGCAUUCCUCAGCAACGAAGGCCGCCGCUGUUGACGCCGAGGGUUCGACUUUAGUGGUCGGCUUCGCUAAUUUCAGAAGAAACGUGCUGAUCUUCUUGUUUGUGAAUGAAACAUGGAGGUUCCGAACUACCCUCUAUAUUGCUAUUGGGGUGGAGAAAUUGUCCACAAAGAUCCAUGGAGCCGGUGAUUCGUCCAGGCCCAGUUGAUCCAUCUGUUCUACGCUUGCAGACUUCCCAUAGGAGCCACGAUGUUUGGAGUGGCGUAGCUGAUAGAGUUCUCUCAGUUAGGGAGCAUAUGGUCAGCGUGGGACGUGAGUGGAGGGUAGAUGGCGGAGUACUAGAGUACGUUAGGCUUGCUGGGUUUUACGGUGUACAUAGGAUUUUGGGAGGAGGGUUUUUGCUUGAUCGAUCUCUUCUUACGGCGUUGGUUGAGAGGUGGAGGCAGGAGACACAUACUUUCCACCUAGUGGUAGGUGAGGCCACCAUUACUUUACAGGAUGUCUCCGUCCUGUUAGGUCUGAGUGCACGGCCCUCCUGUCAUUGGACCUCCAUUUGAGGGAUGGCAUGACCUAGUUGAGGAGUUGCUGGGAGUUCGACCUGGCCAUGAUGAUAACGGUAAGCCGUUUCUGGAGGGAUCUACUUUGAAGUUGACGUGGCUCAGACGUCACUUCUCACAGAUGCCAGAGGGAGCUGAUGACUUGACAGUUCAGCGCCAUAACCGUGCUUACAUUCUCACUCUCAUGGGAUCUAUUCUGUUCGCCGACAAGAGUGGCGAUGUUGUGUCACUCUACUACUUGCCGUUCCUUCGAGACUGGGAGACAACUUCGACCUACAGCUGGGGGAGUGCAACUCUUGGUUUUUUGUAUCGGCAGCUAUGUCGAGCAUGUCAGCAAGAUUGGAGGCCCGCUCAUCCUACUACAGUUGUGGUCGUGGGAGCAUAUUACUAUUGGCCGACCAUACAUUAGGAGGCCUCGAGAUCCGCCACAGGAGGACCCUGAGGCUGAGGAUGAGGAUGACAUUUUGGGGACUCAGCAUCAGCGAGGUGUUGACCCUUUGGCGUGCAGGUGGUUACGUGUCCAUCUAUCGUGUGCGCAUACUGCUUCUGGACUACCAUACUACAGAGAUGUGUUUGACCAUCAGCGCGAGGACCAGAUGAUUUGGCAGCCAUAUACUGAGGCGGUGAUGGAUCGACUUCCGGAGAUUUGUGCACACUAUGCUGUGCACACUAUGCCGAUCAGACCACCACCUUCUACUGUGCACACUAUGCCGAUCAGACCACCACCUCAUCGUGGAGGCCAUUCAGCACGUGCCUUCCGUCCACCGACUCCUUCUCAGCAUACUAUCAUGACAUCUCCUCCACUAGUGCAUCGCCAGUAUCAGAGAAACCGACGGCGUAGCAACACUACGUCUGGGGUUGGAGUUGGCCUGGAUGACAUUCCAGAGGAGACAGCUGCAUCAUCUUCAUCGUCACCUCAUGGGAAGAAGCAACACCCGAGCUAAGUGUAUAUUUUGGAACUAAACUAAUUUUUUUGUAAAUGCUUAGAAUUGGAUUUUGUUAUAUUUAAUCAAUUGAAAAAUAUUCGACUUUGCAA